AAGUGGGAUCAGGAUCGAAGCGGCUGCAGUCAGUUCUUUUCAUCACUCUCGCGCGUACGGCCAUCUUCCUUCAGCUCGAGAAGAUAGUUCCUGCAGACAUGGCCGACUACUCUAACGUGGCUCCACCGUCCUCAAACGCUGGUGGAGGGAUGAACGAUGCUUUUAAAGACGCCCUUCAGAGAGCCAGACAAAUCGCUGCAAAAAUAGGAGGUGAUGGUAUACCCCCCUCUCCAUCAUCCAAUGAGUUUGGUUAUGGAGGACAGAAGAGACCUCUUGAAGAUGGAGAUCAACCUGAAACCAAGAAGGUUCCACCAAGUGAUCCUUUUUCAUCUGUAAUGGGAGGCAUGGGUGGCCCAUCAAGGUCUAUAUCAGAGGAGUUCAAGGUUCCAGAUGGCAUGGUUGGCUUCAUUAUUGGAAGGGGAGGAGAACAGAUUUCAAGAAUACAGCAGGACUCAGGUUGCAAAAUACAGAUUGCUCCCGACAGUGGCGGCAUGCCUGAGAGGUCAGUGACAUUAACAGGCUCACCUGAUUCAAUCCAGGCUGCAAAGAGGUUGCUCACAGACAUUGUAGAGAAAGGUAGACCUUCUCCAGCAUUCCACCACAAUGAUGGACCGGGGAUGUCUGUUCAGGAGGUCAUGAUCCCAGCCUCCAAAGCUGGUCUGGUCAUCGGAAAGGGAGGAGAAACAAUCAAACAGUUACAGGAACGUGCGGGGGUCAAAAUGGUCAUGAUUCAAGAUGGACCCCAAAACACAGGGGCUGAUAAACCACUCAGAAUCUCUGGCGAUCCUUUUAAAGUUCAGCAAGCCAAAGACAUGGUGAUGGAUCUAAUCAGAGAUCAGGGUUUCCGGGAACAGAGAGGAGAGUAUGGUUCUAGAGUAAGCAGUGGAGACAGUCUGGAUGUCCCUGUGCCAAGGUUUGCAGUGGGAAUUGUGAUUGGCAGGAGUGGUGAAAUGAUCAAGAAGAUUCAAAAUGACACUGGUGUGAGGAUUCAGUUCAAACCAGAUGAUGGCUCCACACCAGAGAGGAUCGCUCAGAUUAUGGGGCCUCCAGACAGGGCACAGCACGCAGCAGAUAUCAUAUCUGACUUGCUGAGGAGUGUGCAGGCUGGAGGCCCCCCUGGUCACGGGGGCAGAGGGAGGGGCCGUGGACAGGGAAACUGGAACAUGGGCCCUCCUGGAGGCCUGCAGGAAUUCACUUUCACUGUGCCUACCAUGAAGACCGGCCUCAUUAUUGGCAAAGGGGGUGAAACCAUUAAGAGCAUCAGCCAGCAGUCAGGAGCCAGGAUAGAGUUGCAAAGAAACCCUCCACCUAAUUCGGACCCUAAUAUAAAGAUCUUCACAGUCCGUGGAUCACCCCAACAGAUUGAUUACGCCAGACAGCUGGUUGAGGAGAAGAUUGGAGGUCCAGUUAGCCCUAUGGGUGGCCCUCAUGGUCCACCUGGGCCCCACGGAGGUCCUUCUCAUGGCCCUCCUGGUCCUACAGGACCACCUGCUCCCAUGGGCCCAUACAACCCUGGGCCCUAUGGCCAGGGCCCUCCUGGACCACAUGGUCCUCCAGCACCAUAUCAGCCUCAAGGCUGGGGCAACGGAUACACUCAUUGGCAGCAAGGACAGCCAGAUCCUAAUAAAGCAGCGGCUGAUGCUAAUGCGGCCGCAUGGGCAGCCUAUUAUUCUCAGUACCAGCAGCAGCCCCAGGGCCCCAUGACACCAACAUCAGCAGCCCCUGGCACAGGCCAAACCAAUGGACAAGGUGACCCGCAAGCUCCAGGUCAAAGUGGACAGGCAGAUUACACCAAGGCCUGGGAGGAAUAUUACAAGAAAUUGGGUCAAGCACAGCCUCAGCAGGACUACACCAAGGCAUGGGAAGAGUACUAUAAGAAACAAGGUCAAGCUGCGCCUCAGGCGGCUGCAGCAGCGGCGUCUCAGCCAGGAGGUCAGCCAGAUUACAGUGCAGCGUGGGCAGAAUACUACCGCCAGCAGGCAGCGUACUACGGCCAAGGCGCCCCUCAGGCAAUGGGAGCUGCACCCCAGGCUCAGCAGGUACACUCCCACUAAAACACUCUGCUCUUUGCCUUUUGCGCUCUUUACUUGGUAGAUGUGCAUGUGUAGUUUUGCCCCCCUCCCCACCCCCUUUUUUUUUUUUCUAACAUUUACUUCCACAGGUUCAGCAGGUUUCCAGAUGAGUCGUCGAUACAACACAUAACCAAACUCUUUCCUCCUCAAACAGGCUUUUUAUCUUUUUUUUUUUUUUUGGGAGGUUGUUGGAUAAAUGUUUCUGCUCUUAACAUGUUGUGUAUUUCUUAUGUAUUUCUUCUGCACAGGGCCAGUAAUGUGAAGUGGACAUAAAGUAAAUGCUACAUUGUCAGAAAAAACCUUUGUUAAAUGUUUGGAUGCAGACGCCAUGAUGAAGAUCUUUAUUUCAUUGGUUUGAGUGUUUAAGCUAGAUCGCAGACCAGCUCCAAAGUCAAGUAUAUAUAUAUUUUUUCCUUUUUGUUUUGCCACUCUUGUAAAUGAACGGUUUGUUUUUAGUCGGGUAAUUUUGGUCAUUCCAGCUCCUGUAUCUCCUGUAUCUCAUGUAGUUUUGAGACUAAACUAUAGUCAUUUCCAUGUAAAUCAUCUCAGUUUUAAUAUGAUAUGCCUGUUGUGUUUUGCAAUAAAACAAUGAAACCUCCUG